AUGGCGUCCAUUUAUUUAGUCCUGCUCCUAAUCUGCGCAGUCGCAAAUGGCCAACAGUCACAAUACGACGCGGCUUUACGCGCUCUAGCCGAUGCCAAAAGGGCUCAAGAAGCCAAUGCUCAAAGUCAUCAGGCGAACGCCGCUGGCUUCGAAGGUCAUAGCGCGGGCGGUGCCCAUGGGGCGCAAGGUUUUAGCGGUGCGGGUGGUGCAGCGGGCGCUCAAGGUUUUGGUGCAGGCGGUGCCGGCGGCGCUCAGGGCUAUGGCGCGGGCUAUGCAGCUGGUUCCCAAGGAUUCAACGCCGGAAGAUCGAGCGGACCCGGAGCCUACAGUGGCGCUCAAGGCUUUGGCGGUGCAGGUGGCGCGGGUGCUGCUGGAAGCUACGGUGCGGGUAGCGGAGCUGGUGCUCACGGCUAUGGCGUGGGUGGUGCCGCACAAGGUUACGACGCAGCUCGAUUCAGCAACGCCGAAGCAGCUCAAGGAUACGGCGCAGGUGGCGCAGGAGGCGCAGGUGGCGCAUCUGGUGCCCACGGUUACGCCGGUCACGGUGGCGCAGAAGCACAAAACGCGGAAAGCGAGGAGGCUAGUAGAAGAGGUUACUUUGCAUCGUUAGAUGAGAGAGGAAAAUACAGGUACAGAUACAGAGGCCUGGGUUUUAAUAGCUAUCCACCUUACGGCUACCCAUCUUCCGGCUACCACUAUCCGACCUACCCGUAUGGUCGUCCUCCAUACUACUUUUCUCGCAGCGGUGAGGAAAGUGCUGAAGCCAACGAAGCUGCUGCUGGUUACAGUGGGUCAGCUGCCGCUAACGAAGGUGCGGCUGCUGCCGCUUAUGAAGGCGCCGCCGCUCAUGAGAGCGCGGCCGCUGCCGCUGCGCAAGCUGCACGUUUGGCUGCUCUUGCGGCGAGUGCUGCUAAUGCUGCAAAUUACGGUGCAGAUGCAAGUCAUGCUGGCGCUAGUGGAUACUCUAGUGCAGCUGAAGCUGCUCGUGCUGCUCUGGCUGCAUCGGCUGCAGCUGGCAACAGUGGAGCUGCUGGUCAAAGUCAUGAUGGAGCAGCUUCAGCGGCUAGUCGCUCCGGUUCUGGAUCUGCUGGGUACAGUGCUUCAGAAGCGGCAGGCGCUUAUGGCCAUGGUGGUGCGGCAGGACACGGUGGUGCAGCUGGUCAUGGUGCUGCAGGAUAUGGUAGCGCAGCCAAUCCCAAUGCUGGUCACGAUGCACAAAGUGCUGCCGGUUUCGGUGCAUCUGGUUACGGUGCUGCAGGAUAUGGUAAUGCAGCCAGUCAAAAUGCUGCUGGUCGCGAUGCACAAAGUGCUGCCGGUUAUGGUGCUGCUGGUCAUGGUGCUGCUGGCCAUGGUGCUGCAGGAUAUGGUGCUGCUGCUGGUAAUGGUGCUGCGGGAUAUGGUGGUGCUGCUGGUCAUAGUGCUGCAGGAUAUGGUAGCGCUGCAAACCCUAACGCUGCUGGUCGCAAUGCACAAAGUGCUGCUGGUUACGGAGGUGCAGCUGGUCAAGGCGCUGCUGGCUACAGUGGAGCAGCUCAAGGUCACAGCGGUUACGGUGGGGCAGCUGGUCAGGGUGCCGCUGGAUUUGGUGGCCAAAACGCUGCUUACGGAGGAGCGCAAGGUCAUAGUGGAGCAGCUCACGGUCACAGCGGUUACGGUGGGGCAGCUGGUCAGGGUGCUGCUGGAUUUAAUGGUCAAAACGCUGCUUACGGAGGAGCGCAAGGUCAUAGUGGAGCAGCUCAAGGUCACAGCGGUCAUGGUGGAGCAGCUGGUCACGGUGGAGCAGCUGGUCACGGUGGAGCAGCUGGUCACGGUGGAGCAGCUGGUCACGGAGCUGAUAGCUAUAAUGGUGCUGCUAGCCGCAGUGGGGCAAGUGCUGAACAAGGCGCAGCCAAUUAUAGCGGUGCAGCGGGGCACGGCGCUGCAGGCUUCGGUGGUGCAGCUGGUCAAGGACCCGCAGGAUUCGGUAGUGCUGCUGGCCAAAAUGCUGCUUAUAGUGGGGCCCAGGGCCAAAGCGGAGCAGCUCAAGGUCACAGUGGCGCAGCUCAAGGUCACAGUGGCGCAGCUCAAGGUCACAGUGCGGGCGGGUCAAGGCGCUAG